AUGGCGCCACGGAUCCCGAAGCGGACGCUGGCAGUUUGUGCUGGGCUCCUCACCGACGGUGAUUUCUCAGCGACCCUGGAACAGACGAUGUCCUUGGACAAUAGUCAUACCGGGUCGCCUGCGGCGCUGGAACUUGCAUCAUUCUGGUUACAACGGUGUUUGGCCACGCACGAGAAUUGCCGUGGCACAGAGCCUGCAGAAAAGCGAUUCGUGCCAACCAGAGUUGUCUAUGUUGGGAACAAUGACAAUGAGAUCAGACUGGUGGAGACCUCGAAGGAGCUUCAAGGCGACAACCCUGACCGUCGAUUUGUAGCUCUUUCUCACUGCUGGGGUCCGGUUCAGAUCAUACGAACACUUCAGAACAACUAUGAAGAGCACCUAAAACAUAUUGAUCCGAGCCUGCUUUCAAAGACAUUCAAGGAAGCAGUGCAUACAACGCGCACGCUCGGGUACCGCUAUUUGUGGAUUGACUCAUUAUGUAUCAUUCAAGACAGCAAGGAAGAUUGGCUGGAACAAGCUGCUACCAUGUGUGACGUGUAUCGAUACGCUACUUUUACCAUUGCUGCUGCCCAUGCUCCCGGAGGAGAUAUUGGGUGCUUUGAGAAACGCGAUGGAAUCGUCCAAUUCCCCUUCUUUGUCGAAAUCCCUACGGCAGGAGUCAACCAGUCCGACGGCACAAAAAAUGCAAGGAUCCAAUUCAGCUCUUACGGGCGUGUAGAGGCGCCUCUCGGAAGAGAACCACCGCUAUAUGGCAGAUCCUGGGUCCUCCAAGAGCAGCUCCUGUCUCCAAGGAUGCUGAUAUUUGAUGGGCCCCAAAUCAGAUGGGAGUGCCUUUCCAUGCACGGAUCGGAACGCUCACCACUGGGUGGCAUGUCGCGACACAUUGGCCACCAGAAACUUAUCCGCUCAGGUGUCAUGGACGACGAGGAUUUCUUCAAUAAACCUGAUCAGGACGACCCCGACUUCUCGCAGCGCUACCAGCACUACGCUUGGUGCUAUACCAUCAUGGACUAUACACACAGGGGCAUGACUCAGCCUUCGGAUAGACUGGUAGCCCUUCACGGUAUUGCGCAAGCUCUAGUCCGAAAGACAAGAUAUCAGUACGUAGCUGGUUUGUGGGAGCAUCAGCUAUGGGCAGGACUUUUGUGGAGUAUACCACACACAAAGCAAUACACUGCCACUACGGAGGACGCCUUUGAUUUUGAGAACAGGAACAAUCCUGGGGUGCGCCAUAAAAAUGAGGUAGCCCCCAGUUGGUCAUGGGCCUCGGUGACGGUGCCAGUCGUCUACCCAGCCCCGACCAUCCUCUACGUUCACCGGAUUUGCGAAAUACAAGACGUCUCCGUGACCGGAACGCCCGAUAGCCAGACAGGCAGUGUUCGCAUUCGCGGACAUGUGCGUACCGGAUAUGUCAACUCGAUCUAUCCAUAUGCCAUUAGAGAGGCGGAGAAAGCAUAUCCAUCCAUGGCUUUCGGAAAACAUACUGGCGAAACACGACUCUUCACUUUCCGCGACAGAUCUUUUUCACCAACGAACUAUUUCAUAUUUUCUCCGACAAGACCUAAGGAUUCGAAGAACAUUCUCCAGUCUUCGGAAUGGCGACUAGCCCGUGGUUUGUGGAGGCCGGACCAGGUUCUCGAUCCGCAGACCGAGAUAACUUUCAUAGCUAUUGCGCAGCAAAACUCGGGUACCGAAGAGGGCAAGCUAGUGACUACGCAUAAGGAAGAUGAUCCUCUAACCGUGUAUACGAUUGGUCUCGUCCCCACGGGGAGAGUCGAAGGCGAAUAUAAGCGUGUGGGCUACGCUGAAUGGGAUUCAUGCAGCUGGUAUGGGUACUUGUGUGGGGCCAAAUCGAGACCGGGCAGAGACAUACAGAAGGUGGAGGGAUGGCGCUCCAAGCUCUCACGGGAUCCCCUCUAUGGUUCAAAACCAACGGGCAAGGAAACCCAUGACCACCGGUUCGAAUCGGAUACUCUGCCCAACAUUGAGAACUAUCAAAAGAGCGCAGAAGCACGGGAAACAGUUGUGACCAUUGUGUAG